ACUCUUCUGCCCCGCCUCCCAUUUUAUAGCUCAGCGGAAAAUUCCACUCAAACAUUCAUUCAAACUUACUCGACGUGGAAGGUUCUGGUAACCAGAAAUUCGUUCAAAUAUUUAAACACCCUAAACGAUUACUGCUUAUUUCUGAGGUGCUUACUUCAUUCUUCACUACAAAGAAGUUUCACAAGUUAUUUGUCUUCAUCGCAUUGCAGAAGUUUUACAAUGACUCAACAGCAGAUGAGCCUUCCUGCCAAGCUGAUCAAUGGUGGCAUUGCAGGCAUUGUUGGGGUCACUUGCGUCUUUCCCAUCGAUUUGGCCAAAACCAGACUCCAAAAUCAGAGACAGGGCCAUCAAGUCUACAAGAACAUGAUUGACUGUCUGGUCAAAACCGUUCGAUCUGAGGGGUACUUUGGCAUGUAUAGAGGUGCCGCAGUUAAUCUCACAUUGGUCACUCCUGAAAAGGCCAUCAAACUGGCUGCCAAUGACUUCUUCAGACACCACCUUUCCAAAGACGGGAAAGGGCUGAAUGUAUUUAAAGAGAUGCUGGCUGGAUGUAGUGCUGGUAUGUGCCAGGUUGUCAUCACCACUCCAAUGGAGAUGCUGAAAAUUCAAUUGCAGGAUGCUGGGAGAUUAGCUGCACAGCAAAGGAAACCAUGCAUCAUUCCCGUUACUAGACUGGCAACCACAAACGCUGUGUUGAGUCGCUCUUACAACGUGCUGCCCAACGCACCCACCGCCAUUUCUGCCACGCAAAUCGCAAGGCAGUUAUUCCACAAAGAAGGGAUUCAGGGACUAUACAAAGGUCUUGGAGCAACCCUGUUACGAGAUGUACCGUUCUCAAUUGUGUACUUCCCGCUCUUUGCUCAUUUGAACAAUUUGGGCAAACCGUCCCCUGACGAAACGGCGCCAUUUUAUUGGUCGUUCAUCUCAGGCUGUGCAGCGGGCUCCAUAGCUGCUGUGGCGGUUAACCCAUGUGAUGUGGUUAAAACCAGACUUCAGUCACUGAACAAAGGCGCUAAUGAAGAAACCUACAGUGGCAUAGUUGACUGUUUCAGCAAAAUCUUGAAGCGAGAGGGACCAUCUGCUCUUCUAAAGGGGGCGGGCUGCAGGGCUCUAGUCAUCGCGCCGCUCUUUGGUAUCGUGCAGGUCAUGUACUUCAUCGGUGUCGGGGAGUACGUCAUGAGCCAGUACACCCUAAAAUUAAUCUCCAACUGAACAGACCUCGGAGUCACCAUGACUGGCAGUCACUGCUAUCUGUACAUUUUAUAAAGAAAGAUAAACAGUUGUUGUGAGAAGGGUAACUUUACUCUGGUUAAGCUCCUAAAGGUUUUUUCAGCCUUACCGCACUUCCUCUACUGGCUCGAUUCAAUGGCUUAUAUGAUAGGCUUUCAGCCAGAAUUUGCACUUGUCGGUAAGGUCACUUCUGAAGAAAAGCGCUUAAGUUUCCAGAAGCAUCUGUGAACGUUUCCUGUAAGUGAGGGAUGGUGUCGCUGCGAUGACACUACAAUCAACAAUGAUCCGUUUUUGUUGACUUCAACAAUUUUUUUUUGUAUAUUUCCAUGUUUUCUAUCUGUUAUUCAGUGUCUGAUGUUAGUUAGACUUUGUCUCUUUAAACUUUCUGGUGCUUGGAGGAGGUUCACAGUUGUUUAAAAUAAUAGUUUUGGCGGAUGUCAUCAAGGUAUUGGACUUUAAACAUCAAACACACCAUUUGUUUUCAUUUCAAUUUAUUAAAGGUGUGUGGUACCAUAUCUUUUGAUUUCUUAAAAGACUCAAUUUAAUGCAUAUCGUAUUUAUGCAACAUCUAUAUAUAUAUAUAUAUUGCAAUUGUUACUUUGCAUUUUUUUAUUGUUACUUUGAUGGACCUUUCAUGUUACAACAACCACCCUAUUUAUGUGCUCUGUUUUUACAAUGCAGUGUUAACCCCAUCCAUCUACCCAAAAUGUGACACUUCAAUGCAACAUGUAUUACCUUCAAUGAAUACUGUAAUGCAACAUUGCAUAAAUAAAACAAUCAAACCAUU